AUUAAUGAUAAACAAACUAACAAACAAAUUCAUGACAAACAUAACUCAUUAGUAACACUAGGGUAACGUUAACUACAAGUAACGUUGUCGUAUGGAAGCAUACGUAUGCAUUUUUACUGUAAAACACAAGCUAAAUAUGUGAUACGAAGCUUUAACGUGAUUUACGCUUAGCAAAGUGACUUCUAACUUUGGUGAGAUUUAACAUAACAUUAUUAGAAAUUCGGGAUUUGUGUUUGGUGUGUGGAGGUCUCAGGUGCACAACUAAUAUCGAUUAUUUUUCAGAUGUUUAAGUAAUUAGUAGAUUUACAUUUCCUAACUUAAUCUCCCGUAACUGGUUCGUUGAAAGUUAAUGUAUCACUGUUAGCAUUCCGCUAACAGCUGUCAGCGUUAAAGCGCUAACAGCUCGUUAGCUAGCUAACUAAUGUUAACGUCAACUGUCAACCUUAUAUUAGCAACCUUAUAUUAGCUAAACACUGAUUUGUUUGGUGAAAUCAAACAUUGAACCAGAGUUGCGAGCGACAUAACGUAGCCGUCUCUAAAUUACUUGAACCAUCACGUUAACGUAAUAUUUUCCAGUAAGGUUGACGUUAAUACGAAACUGGACAUCGCACUUCUCCCUCAGCAGGUGCUGUUCAGAUUUGAUAGCUGUAACUGAGACUUGAACAGGCCAGAGAGAAGUCCACUGUUCCCCUACCCAACUUCCUGUUCCUGACCCUCUCUGAAACACAUCUCUCACCAUGAAUGAAGUUAAUAUAGUCAGAGAGGGCUGGCUUCACAAACGAGGUGAAUAUAUAAAAACGUGGAGGCCCAGGUAUUUUAUCCUGAAGAGUGAUGGUUCUUUCAUCGGCUACAAGGAGAAACCUGAUCUAAACGACCAGACCUCACCACCACUCAACAACUUCUCAGUAGCAGAGUGCCAGUUAAUGAAGACUGAAAGACCCCGGCCCAACACAUUUGUCAUUCGUUGCCUACAGUGGACCACUGUUAUUGAACGCACCUUUCACGUGGACAGCAAUGAGGAGAGAGAGGAGUGGAUGCGGGCAAUCCAGUCGGUGGCAAACGGUCUUAAAAUGAGGGAACAGGAGGAGGAACCAAUGGAUAUGUUUGGCUCACCCAGCGAAAGCAGUCUGGAGGAGAUGGAGGUGUACAUGUCCAAGAAUCGCUCCAAAGUGACAAUGAGUGACUUUGAGUACCUGAAGCUUCUUGGGAAGGGGACAUUCGGGAAGGUGAUUCUGGUCAAAGAGAGGUCCACCGGAGUUCAUUAUGCCAUGAAAAUACUACGCAAAGAGGUCAUCAUAGCCAAGGAUGAAGUGGCCCACACAGUUACAGAGAGCAGAGUGUUACAAAACACACGACACCCCUUCCUCACGACACUGAAGUAUGCUUUCCAAACUCAUGAUCGACUCUGUUUUGUAAUGGAAUACGCUAAUGGAGGCGAGCUCUUCUUCCACCUGUCACGGGAGCGAGUGUUCACAGAGGAUCGGGCACGCUUCUAUGGGGCUGAGAUUGUGUCAGCGCUCGAGUACCUCCAUUCACAAGAUGUUGUUUACCGGGAUCUCAAGCUGGAGAAUCUGAUGCUGGAUAAAGAUGGCCACAUCAAAAUCACAGAUUUUGGCCUCUGUAAGGAGGGCAUUACUCCUGACGCAACCAUGAAAACUUUCUGUGGUACUCCUGAAUAUCUGGCACCUGAGGUCCUAGAGGAUAAUGACUACGGCCGAGCGGUGGACUGGUGGGGUCUGGGUGUAGUCAUGUACGAGAUGAUGUGCGGCCGUCUGCCUUUCUACAACCAGGACCAUGAGCGUUUGUUUGAGCUCAUACUCAUGGAGGAGAUCCGCUUCCCCAGGAACCUGUCGCCUGAGGCCAAGUCCCUGCUGGCUGGCCUGCUCAAGAAGGACCCCAAACAGAGGUUGGGUGGAGGUCCCAACGAUGCCAAAGAAGUAAUGAGUCACACAUUUUUCAUCACCAUCAACUGGCAUGAUGUGGUACAGAAGAAGCUCAUCCCACUCUUCAGACCGCAAGUGACUUCAGAGACAGACACCCGGUACUUUGAUGAUGAGUUCACAGCACAGACUAUCACGCUCACUCCUCCAGACAAGUAUAACAGUCUGGACUGUGAGGAUCCCGGCCAACAAGCACAUUUCCCCCAGUUCUCCUAUUCUGCUAGCAUAAGAGAGUAAUAGCAUCUCUGCCACACACAUGCAAAAACACAGGAGACAUUAACACCUGAGCCACAUCCUUGCAGGUAUAAAAUGAGCAGAACUUCCAUCUUCAAUGAGGGUUUAGUCCAUCAGGAUCUAAGUGCCUCAGCUGGUGGACAUAUUGUUCAAUAGAACCACACUACGGACAAAGCCAUACUGGCUAUACUGUAUCAAACCGGACUUCACAUAGUAAUCAGCACAACUCAACAACACAAGGCCUGUAGCACAUUUGAAUGGCUGAUAAAAAACUACUGCUGCUUUUUCAGACUGUAAACCACCAAUCAUUUUGAACACACUCUUGUUAUGCUCUUUAUGGAAGCCUUACAGUUCCUCCAUGAUGUUUCCAAGUACUCUUCUUCAGAACUAGCUGUUACCACCGGUGAUAGAUAGGUUUGUCUCUGAGGGAGGAAGCAGCGGGGCAGUUUGUUGGGUGUUUUUCUCUUAGUGUGUGUGGAUCUUUUUUUCCUCUUUGUUUUUGAGAAAAGGUCAUCAAAUCCAAACUGAAUCUCAUCAGUUUAGUCAGUGAGUCUGUAAGAGCAUGAGCUUUUGUGUGUCUUAAUACAACGCUCGACAUGUAUCAGGAACAACAGAUGAAUUGAUAACACAUGAUGAGCAGUGUCUCCACUGAGAAAAUCUUUGACUUAAGCAUGAAUUGUCCUUUGUAAACUGUUUUUAAUGAAAACUAAUCACUUGUUUAUUAGUUUGCUCUCAUCUCAGAAUUUGAUCUCUGUGAACAGAUCUGUCAAGUGUGAUGUGUCAAUUAAUGGUAAUUGGGUAUACCUUGAUGCACAAGGUGUAUGUUAUUUAAAAAAUAAUUAUUUCUAAUUUUUUUAAAUUUCAACACAUUUUGUAUCUGUCUUGAUCAGCACACACCAUCCAUGUGAUUUACGAAACUUAAUAAGCACUUAAUGAUUUGAAGCAGACCUCAUAUUUCUCAGCUGGACCAUGUUCAUAAUGUAGUGGAGAGCUUCCUGGAUUGGUGUUGGUGCUUAUUAUUUUUUAAACAUCUCAUGGAAAUCUGUCUGAUACAGAGUUUCACAAAGUGUGAGAUACCAACUGUCCGAUUCCUAAUCCUGUUUACUUCUACUGUGGUCGAACACUGUAGUUUCCGAUUUACUUCAACCAUUGGCCAGAUUUAGACUUUCAAUUUCCCCAAAGUACUUGCAUAGCUGCAUGCAGACAACAUUUAACAUCAGAGAACUUUGGCUUUUAUUUUGAACAUAUGAAGAAGAAAAUGUAGAAACCUUCAACGGUAGGUAUUAAAGUAUUGUAUCUGUCCUGAAACUCAGGUGUUGUAUUAGCACUAUUUCUAAAAGAAACGGCACUAAACAAAUACAGUCACAGUGCUUUCAGUGCACAUGUUCAUA